AUGUAUUUCAUGUUACUUAUCGCUGCUUUAUAUCUGUCAGCUUUAGCUGCUGGUCAAGGCGCAGGCAAAUCCAAGCCGUCUAAUCCGCAAAGCUUUAAAGUGUUCUAUUCCGAAUGGCGCACCCGGUGUCCUGAUAUCAAGAUAAUGCAGCAUGGCAAAUAUGAAGGAAAAAAUGCCUACCCAUCACAACACUUGGUCACAAAGUGCAAUGUUAUGGGGGAUGAUGGGAAUGAGUUCACGCUAACGACGGCUAUUCCCUUGAAUAUGUGCAUUGGUUGGAAGUCGGAUCAGUCCGACAAAAGGAAAACUACAUUCAUUGCAGAACAUAUGGGAGGGGGACCUACAAAAGGCAAAUGUUGGAAUUGCGACUACCGAAGUCUACAGAGAGAGAAUCUUGCUUGCUGGUGCCAAGACGUGGAAGUCUCUGAAAUGGUUCAGGAACAAAAGUCGAAGGCCAAGGGAGCCCAAAGGUUUUUCAAUCUGGAUGAAGUAAUGAAAAUUGACAAAUACGGUUAUCCAACAUGCCAUGGUAGCAGAGCGUGGCCAUAUCUGGAAAAUGGAAAGGGUGAUGAUGCUUACUUUAUUACCUCCUUGAAAGGAAAAUCAUUUCCAGAGGAAAAGCCUUGGCCAGGGAUUGAACAAUUCUGGACCGACGUGCUCUCGUCUCCACCAGAAACUCUGCCUAGACUUCUAGGAAAUCAGCUUGGAUCCCCGCCAUCAGGCCCUGGUGGGAGGGGCCAUUGA